CCCACAUCACUUCAAUAUCAUCUCAACAGCGCGAUGGCGUAUGCGCGGCAGGCUGCUCUCAUUGCUGACAAUCCAUCCAGAAUUCAAUGCAUAUAAAUCAGAGAAGCAAUGCUGACGACCUACUUAUCGAACUCCCCACAUCACAUCGCCAAUCCCCAUGCCUGCUCUCCAAGAGACCAAAUCCGCCAACGCAGCCCUCGUCCCGACGUCCUACACGCCCGUACUGAUUGUGGUCGGCGGCACCUCAGCCAUCGGUGCGGAAGUCGCCAAGGCGUUCGCGCGCCACACGCAGGGCAAGGCGCACAUCAUCAUCGUCGGCCGCAGCGAGCGCUCCGCGCGCGCGGUCCUCGACGCGUUCCCGAAGCCCAAUCUCGGUACCGAGUUCUCGCACGAGUUCCUCCUUGCCGACGUGACGCUCAUGAGCGAGGUGCGCGCGCUCGUAAAGAAGAUCAAGGAAAAGCUGCAGGCGCUCCCGGGCGGCGGGAGGAUCAACUAUCUGUUCCUGAGCGCGUCGUCGCCGGUGUCGAAUUCACUGAUGGAGGCAGCGGUGACGAAAGAGGGACUGAGCGAGCAUCUGGCGUCCAAAUUCUUUGCGCGAUACCUCAUCGCUCGCGAGCUGCUCCCGCUGCUUGCGAAAGCGCACGAGCUGGACCAGGUGACGAGCCUGAUGACCGUCCUCGCCGCAGGAAACGCAGUGCCGCUCCCGACGACGGACCUUGAUCUCGCGGAGUCGCGGAAGGCAGGGAGGACGUGGCUGGAUGGCGCAUUCCCGCGUCUCGAAGCGUUCAAAGGCAUGCAAUACGGUGGAGCGUACAACGAUGCGCUCGUAGCGUACUUCCACGCAACGAAUCCUUGGCUCAGCUGCACGUACACGUACCCGGGCCAGGUCCUGCCUCCGGGAAAGCCGGGAUUCACGUUUGGAUACCUGAUGCUCCCCCUCACGGGGCUUGUGCGGGUUCUCCGGUACUGGACACAAAUCUCCCUCGAGGACUGCGGAGAGUACCAGCUCCACGCGCUGCUUGCUCCGGGAAAGAAUGGCGGCGUUUUUCUGCGCGGAAAGCAUGCGGAUCUGAUAUCCAGUGUCGCUUUGGAUAAGGAGGUGGUGUUGAGCGAGUCGGGUGAUGAUUCUAUCGGUGUCUUGGCUGGUCAUGCUGUGGCUGGAUACGGCGGAUCCGACGCGAGGGUGGCGAAGCUGAUACACUGGACGGAUGGCGUCCUCGAGAAACUACAAAACUGAAUUAAACCCCUAGUUGUAAUCUGUAAUGUGCUUUGCGACCGUGUAGAUGUAAUAAUAUAAUUAAUGGCA